CAAAAGGCAUGCAGACCAUUAGAUUUGAUUUUAACCCAAAACUCUGUUUCCGUUGGUGUCUCUUCACUCCUUCAAUGGAAGCAUCACAGGCAGCAACGUUCAAAACCGUUAACCUCCUCACUGCCUUCGCCUCUCGAAGAGCAACAAAUCCUACUACCUCAAUCCCUCCGGGACCUUCUUCCAGGCAAACCAUGCUUGGUCUCUGUGCUGCUUCUGGAACCAAUACAACUUGCCUAAACCCGAACCCUAAGCACCACUUUUCUUUCCUCACUCGCUGCUCCACCAAACCAGAUAUUGACAGCGACAACACAACCAACGAGAACCCAAUUGUCGACACAGCCCCGAAUUCAAACACUCUUCAAGUGCAACCGUCAGCUUCUCCUUCCAAUCAAACAAAUUCCUAUUCACCCUCUAGAGGUUUGGUGUUUGAUCUUGGUACCGGGAGCUCCUGGGACAGCCAAGAGAUCGGAUAUCCUGUUGUGAAAAGAUACCUCAGCGAUGACGAUGAGAGGUGGUUUAUGUGGUAUCAUGGAAGCUCGGAUGCAAUUCCCUCUUCUGAUUCCAUAGGACUAGCUGUUUCAAGCAAUGGAAUUCAUUGGGAGAGAGGUGCAGGAGCUGUUCGAUCAAGCACAGAAACAGGGAUGGUUAUGAACUGUAGCAAAGAUUGGUGGGCUUUUGACACUGAGAGUGUCAGGCCUUCUGAUGUCGUGAUCAUGUCCAGUACAAAGGUCAGAGCUUCCAGUGCUGUUUACUGGCUUUACUACACUGGUUUUAGUUCUGAGAAGGUGGAGAUUUCAGGUGUUCAUCAACUCUUGGAAGAAAACCAACGAGGAACUGAUCGAGAUGAAAGAGGUGGCGUAACGCACGUUUCAAGAUCGUUGCCGGGAUUAGCAAUCAGUCAAGACGGGCGACACUGGGCUCGGAUUGAAGGGGAACAUCACAGUGGUGCACUGUUUGAUGUGGGCACAAAUGCUGAAUGGGAUUCACUAUUUGUUGCGACACCCAGAGUUGUUUUCCACAGUAAUGGAGAUCUCAGGAUGUACUAUCACUCAUUUGAUGCAAAUUGUGGGCAGUUUGCCUUAGGAAUUGCCAGGUCAAGAGAUGGGAUUAGAUGGGUAAAGCUUGGGAAGAUACUCGGGGGAGGACCUAAGGGUUCAUUUGAUGAGUUAGGUGUGAUGAAUGCACAUGUGGUUGGAAACAGGAAGGAUGGGGGUUAUGUAAUGGCAUAUGAAGGUCUUUCUGCAGAUGGGCAGAGGAGCAUUGGACUAGCAGUAUCUCCUGAUGGGUUGAAGGGCUGGGAGAGGUACAGUGAGAGAGCAAUUUUUGGGCCAUCUGUGGAACAAGAUGGAUGGGAUAAUCAAGGAGUGGGAUCCCCAUGUCUGGUUCAGAUGGAUGGUGAUGCUGAAGACUGGAGGCUGUACUAUAAAGGUAUAGGAAAGGGAGGAAGGAGUGGAAUAGGGUUGGCAGUUUCUGAAGGCAGUGGGUUUAGAAGAUUCAGAAGAUGGACGGGUUUUCAUCUCUAAGAUUUAUAUUGCGGAUUGUCUACACCAAAAAUAUGGUUGUUUAUGAUCAAUACAAAUUGGAAAUAGAAACACCUCUAUUCUUUCUUCUUUUA